AGAUGUGCUUCCACAUGGUGCAGCUGGAUACAUUUAUAACAAAUAUCUACGUAUAGGAUAUAAUUAAACUUAGAAGUUGUCAGGGAUAAACGACGAUGAUAGUUUUUGCAUUUAUCUUCUUUCUCAUUUCUGGCGUCGCCACAAAAGAGGAUUGCAAUGCACUGGCACAAAAGAUUUGUCCUCAUAGUUUUGACGUUUUCAGCGGAAAGUCAUGGGACCAACGCUUCUGCAGCAAACAAAAGUUAUUCUUUUCAUGUUUUCAUGGUAAAAACGACCGCUGUAUGAAAUAUUUCUCAAUCCUGAGUUAUCUCUUAUGCGAGAUCGGAAUGAAGAAAGGUAAUCCGCUUGGACAACCGCAGAGAAGAAGCUUGAACCGUUGUAAAAAUCAAGGGAAAGUUUCUGAUGGAAACAAGGUGGGUGAGCAGAAAAGGAGCCCCAGAAUACACACGUCCAACACAGCUUCCAAGAAUGGCAGGCCGAGUGACGAUCCUCCUUCAGGCUCCGAUAAUCGAAACGAGAUGAUGUCCCAAACAUUAUACUUUGCCACAUUUCUCAUUAUAUUACUAUAACGUCUUUAAAAAAAGACUUGUGGUGCAACGCAUAUGCUAUUUUACAGUCGUUAUUGAUUUGCUGUUUUCUUGACUGAAAUAUAAUAAAACACUGAAAUAAAA